AUGUCCGCGGGGAAAGUGCCCGCGGACGCAGCCGGAGGAAGCGGCCUGUUGCGGGGCGGUCGCGGGAGUAGGUCGUAUGGCAGCCUGGUCCGGUCCAAUCUGUCCCCGGUCCGACGGAGACACAUCGAACAUCGGACACAGCCCGGUGAAACCCUCCAGGGGCUUGCCCUGAAAUAUGGAGUCACUAUGGAACAGAUCAAACGAGUCAACCGUCUGUACACCAAUGACUCCAUCUUCCUCAAGAAAUUCUUGUCCAUCCCUUUGCCGUCGCACUUGGAUACGCACACUGGCGCUACAGAUGCUGACGUUGAGGACGACGACGAGGAAGAAAAAGGACCUCGUUUGGGCGGCGUUGAGGUCAACAAAAGCCAGGCGGUGAUUCCCACUUGCGUUGGCAAAGAUGUGACGGCGGGGGAUUUCUUGAGCCGACUGGACGGCUUUAUUAGCGAGUCAAAGAGGGCGGCUGCUAGAAGAUGGCAAGACGCCGAGAAAAGGCUUGCCGACCUGGAGGCGGUUUGCUCCACCAGGACCGAGGACCGUCCACGUCCGCCUCCGGGGAGACGCCGCCGAUCUGCCGCCGGCGGGGAGCCUCCCAAUGCCGCCGCCGUGCCGCUCACCACCACUAAGCUUACCAUGCGACUGAAGGAGCGAGAGGACGACAUCUUCGAGCUGUGA